UGGCGGUUGAUCACGUGAUCCGGAUUUCCGGUUCCCAGGGUGACGGGGCGGAAGUGGACGGAGACGCAAUCUCUGCCGUCGAUGUUAAUGCUGCCGUCGCUGCUAACGUUCUGUUAUGAGUUCCUAAAAUCAUGGUGAAAUGUUGCUCGGCCAUUGGAUGUGCUUCUCGCUGUUUACCAAAUUCCAAGUUAAAAGGACUGACAUUUCACGUAUUCCCCACAGAUGAAAACAUCAAAAGAAAAUGGGUAUUAGCAAUGAAGAGACUUGAUGUGAAUACUGCAAGCAUUUGGGAGCCUAAAAAAGGAGAUGUGUUGUGUUCAAGGCACUUUAUGAAGACAGAUUUUGACAGAAGUGCUCCAAAUGUUAAAUUAAAACCUGGAGUCAUACCUUCUAUCUUUGAUUCCCCAUCUCAUUUACAGGAGAAAACAGAAGAGCUUCACUGUAGGAAAAACUUCACCCUCGAGACCCUGCCAGUCACAAACCACAAUCACCAGUAUGUUCGUGCUUCCUCAUGUAUUGAAGAAUUCCAAUCCCAAUUCAUUUUUGAACAUAGCUACAGUGUAAUGGACAGUCCAAAGAAACUUAAGCAUAAAUUAGAUCAUGUGAUCAGCGAGCUAGAGGAUACCAAGAAAAGUCUGCAGAAUGUUUUAGACCGAGAAAAAAGUUUCCAAAAAUCACUGAGGAAGACAAUCAGGGAACUAAAGGAUGAAUGUCUCAUCAGCCAAGCAACAGCAAAUAGACUGGAAGCUUUCUGUUGGGAGUAUUGUCAGGAGAGCAUAGAACGGGACUGUAUUUCAUGAGACAAUUUCAUGUUUUACCUAAAAUUAACAUUGGUAUGGCUUUUUAGCAAAUAAUUCUUAUUUACCAUAUCAUUAAAUAGUAUCCAUUAUUUCAAGUGCUGCUUUGGAUCCUCUGCAGCACCACUUCUGCAUUAUAGUUCUUUGAAGAGUUCUUUGAAGAUGUGCAGAUGUGCAGGAAUUUGUGCUAGUUAUCAUGUUUUUGUGUGGCUCAUGACAACUGUGUUUUUUAUAGACCAAAACUAGUGCCAGGUCACUACUGUAAGAUGUCAAAUGAUUUAAAAAAUUCUGCAGGACUAAGGAAAUGGUAUCAAAUUAGCCACAUUUAGUGGUGGUAUAAGGAACUAGACACUUAAUCUUAGCAGCAUCAGAUUUUUGGCUUCACAAAUUUUUUAACAUUUUUGGCUUUACUUAUUAUGUAUGCUUUGGUAAGUAUGUUGACUUAUACUUUAUACCUGGAUUUUACUAUAAAGCAGUAUUUGUUUAUAACUCAUGUUUAUCUUAGAUCCAAUCCAGGGUACUUUUGAUAACAAUAAUACCAAAAGAUCUUUUUAUGAGGCAUCCCAUGGUACUGAGCCUGCGAAUAGUAUAUGGUGCAGAUCUUUUGGCUUUUAAAAUGGUUCAGAGCCGAGUUAAAAUGCUCCCUGAUGAGGCCUCAGCUUUUCAGUGCAUCACUCCUCCUCAGUACAUCAUUCCUCCGCACUAGGAGCACUUUGAUGGAAGCCAGCAUAGCUUUAAACAAGCAAAAAAAGUCAUAAAUCUGGUUUUUAAAUGACUAGUUGCUUACAGUUCUUCUGAACAUUUUGUUUAAUGGCUGCUAGUUCAUCAAUAAAGAUGUAUCUUCAAAAUCUGAAUGCCAGUACCAGCUGAAUAUUUUUAAUGCCACUUUAUAUUUUACAAAGUAAUCUUGCUAAUAUUUUAAAAAAUAUAAAGUAUAGAAGAAACCAUUAAAAAAAUGAUUGUGGAGGAGACGCCGCAGAGCAGGGACCCGGAGCAGCUCGGAGGCGGUGAAUAAUAGCUCUUCAAGUCUGCAAUAAAAAAUGGCCUCCAAUAAAACUACAUUGCAAAAAAUGGGGAAAAAA